AUGCCGGCAAGAAAUCAUGAACUAUUCAUCAGCAGUGGAGUAUGGACCAUGUUCUUUAUAAGUGGUAUGAAUAUAGGAGCUCCUACAGUAAUAGUGCCACAGUUACGGAGAGAAAUAAACGAUACCGCGGUGUUUGGGGAAGAAAUGGCCAGCUGGUUAUAUUCCGUCUUCGGCUUCGCAGCUGUACCCUGGGUAGUCAUCAUGCCAAUAUUCAUUAGAUUCUUCGGCUGCAAAAUCACCUUCAUCGCGAUUGGUGUAGACAUAUUAAUAACUUACAUCAUUUUCUGCACAAGCACCAACCCUUUACAAAUAUUAAUUUCCGAAAUAGUUUUCGGCUUAGCAUAUGCUGGAAAUCUGAUAAUUGGCAUUUAUGUUAUUUCAGAAUACACUAGUCCUAAAUAUCGAGGUAUGUUCUUGACGAUAAAGUCAGCAAGUCUUUUCUGGGGUGUGUGGUGUUCUAAUGCUAUAGGAACCUUCUUGCAUUGGAAGUAUAUAGGCAUUGUAGGCGGAGUUUGUUGUAUCUAUUUAUUCGGUUGUUUCUUCUGGAUCGAGUCACCGUAUAGACUCGCUGUGAAAGGUAGAUUUGAAGACUGUAAACGAUCUCAUAGAUGGUUGUUUGGUUCCAAUACUGAGGCAGAACGGAACUUAGAAAAACUUUUACUAUCUGCUCAGGGAUCGAAGAAAGAAAAAUGGACAUUUGGCAAAAUGCUCGCAACGGUAUCUGCUAGGGAAUUUUUGAUGCCUGUUAUGUUGUCCUUUGUGCUUUUAGCCCAGUAUAAUUUGACUGUUUCUAGUUCAAUUUGUACGCUGAUUCUGUAUUUAUUCUUGCCUGAGACGAAAGAUAGGUCUUUGCAAGAGAUUGAAGAGUUGUUUAAGAAAAAAUAA